UCCCUCCGGUCAAAUGGCACUGCUUCAGCAUAGCAUUAGCUCACUCAAGCACGCUCACCGCAGUCGUAUUCCUGAUCUGAUCGUUCUGUCACUUGUCGCCCCACUUCACUGUCCAAGCUACUUUCGCCGAUGCGAUUCUCCUACCUUACCACGGCCGUCCUUGCGCUCCUCUUGGCGCCCAGGGCUAGGGCUCACUACGUUCAGCUUAUCAAUGACUGCCCCAAUCUCAUCAUCUCAGGCGACAUCGCUGACAUCAGGGGGAGGGGACGCAGCGACAGGCUCAGGCUCGGGCGCACCCACACAGACGGGGACACCGACAUUCGUCUAGAAACUGGCUUUGGUACCGUCACCGUCAAGCUUUCAACUGAGAUCACAAACAUCACCACCCUGCUCGACCCGAGUGCGCUGCUUGAGGCCCGCAUGAUCCUCCGUGGCGCUGACUCACUUGCCAUCACCAUCCGCGCAGCUCUGAGGACUGUCCCCAAGAGCGUCUCGUUCUGCGGUCAGAUAGGUCUGGACAAGACACUCGAGGCUCCGAGCGAGCUCAAGUGUUCUUGGUCGAACAGGAUCGGCUGUAUCAAUUCCAUGGCCAUACUCAACGGGCUGGGCUACCGGGCUAAUGCGUUUGCAAGAUUGAAGGUCGAGUGCUGAAAGCAACCUGAAGGGCAACUGGGGGCUCGCUCGUCAAGCAGGAAGCAUCAGGCAGUGACGGCCAGGGCAGCAAAAUACGCCUGAAUGUGUCAUAU